GGGGGGGGCUUAACUGGGAGGGCCUUGUGGCGACGGUGCCCCUUUGUCGCGGCAGGUGACCUUCGAGGACGUGGUGGUCUAUUUCUCUCGGGAGGAAUGGGAGCAGCUCCUGGCCUGGCAGUGGGACCUUUACCGGGCGGUGAUGAUGGAGAACUACGAAGCCCUUCUCUCCUUGGGGUGCCUGCCUGAGAAGCCCGACAUCAUCCGCAGGAUUGAGCAGCAGGAGGAGGUGUGGGUCGGAGAGCUUUGGAGGCCACGUCCGUGGAGCAAGCCGGAGGUCCCGUGGCCAGCAGGAGACGGGAUUAGGAUAGAGGACGAGGAACGCGGCAAACAGAUACAGCCGGGGCAGCCGCGUGCCGGCAGGAGGGGUCCCCGGAGGAAAAAGGCCCGCCCUCCCAAGCGCGAAAGCAAGAGGGCAGGCCCAGCCCCGGUGAGUCCAGCUCUGUGGGGCAAGAGAAGAACGAAGGUCCACCCUUCUGAGGAAGGAGGCAAAGGGGCGGAAGCUGCCCGAUGGGGGGCCGGCCAAGGCAAGAGAAAGGGGGAGGAGGAGGAGGAGGAGGAGGAGGCGGCGGCCCCCAGUCCCGCAACAGGGAAGGGAGGGUCUCGGGCCAGGAAGGUGGAGCCCCCGCCGCCUCCUCAAGGGAGGAGCCCCUCCGGGCCAGUCUCCCUGAAGAGGAACCCCCCCAAGUGCCCGGAGUGCGGGAAGAGCUUCCUCAGCAACGUGGCCAUGACCAUCCACAUCCGGACCCACACGGGGGAGCGCCCCUUCCGGUGCCACCUCUGCCCCAAGGGCUUCCCCUCCAUGGGGGACCUCAAGCGCCACCUCAAGACCCACCUGCGCCCGAAGGAGCCCCCGCCCCCCGCGGCGCCCAGGGGCAAGAAAAGCCUGGCGGCCAAGCGGCAGCUCCUGUGCCAGCUGCAGCCCCCGCCGGGCCCCAGGAAGCCCCACCCCUGCGCCGAGUGCGGGAAGAGCUUUGACACGAAGCACAGCCUGCAGAAGCACGAGGGGACCCACAUGACGGAGCGGCCCUUCGCCUGCCUGGAGUGCGGGCGCCGCUUCCGGAUCAAGCAGAUCCUGGUGGCGCACAUGAGCUCCCACAUCACGGAGCGGGCCUUUGCCUGCAAGCAGUGCGGGAAGCGCUUCACCCAGAAGCAAAACGUGCAGAAGCACCAGCGCGUGCACACGGGCGAGAAGCCCUUCGGCUGCCUGGCGUGCGGGAGGCGCUUUGGCUCCAAGCAGUACCUGCUCAAGCACCUGCGGCUCCACACGGGCGAGCGGCCCUUCGCCUGCGCCGAGUGCGGCAAGACCUUCCGGGACAAGGCCACCCUGACCAUCCACAACCGCAUGCACACCGGGGAGCGCCCCUACCAAUGCCCCUUCUGCCCCAAGACCUGCCGGCAGAAGCAGCACCUCAACAGCCACCUGAAGGUCCACCGUGGGGAGAAGCUGCCCCUGGAGGGGGGCCAGAAGGCCUGGGCCAAGGAGAAGCCCUACGGGUGUGGCCAGUGCGAGAGGCGCUUCCGGAACAAGAAGAUCAUGUUGGCUCACCAGAAGGUCCAUGAGGAAGAGCAGCGGUCCGGGAGUAGCCCUCCGCCAAGCGGGGAGAGCCCAGCCCGGAGGGAAGCCACCUCCAUCAGCAAAGGAGGAGGAGGAGGAGGAGGCGCCGUGAGGCAGCAGCCAAAGAACACUUCUCCGGGCCAAGCGGGAAAGGCCCCCAUUGCCUGUGCCGACUGCGGACGGAAGUUCACUCAGAGGAAGUACCUGGUGCUUCACCAGCGGAGCCACCGAUGAAGAGGCCAAGGUGGGCGAUCCUUCGAUGAGACCACGGACGGUUCACAAACAGAGGCUACCUUUCCACCCUUGACGCUUUACCUGACUGACACACACUUUGCAGGCACCCAAGUGUGGCUCACCUGGGGGGACACGGCCUGAACGGGAAGGCUGCGAGGCCUAGCCAGGCCCGGUUCCUUUUCCUGUUUGGGUAACAGCUGGGAGCUUCCCUUCUGAACAGGAAGUGAGGGGAAGCUAGGCCUAGCUCAGCCUCAAAGCCUUCCCGUUCAGGCCUUUUCUCCCGCCGUUAGUUGUCCGGAAGGAUCCUGUUGGUCUGGGGAAGAAAUCUCAAAAUGGAGAAUGAUGGGACUUGUAGUCCAAGAAAUCUGAACCUUCUUUCAUCCCGAACUCCAGUCUGCACCAAAAGGGGUAGAAUUUGAAACCUGACUUUCAAAUUUGGAGCCCUCAUUUUGAAACUUAACUUUCAACAGAAGAUCUUGGCAUGGAUGCCUGGCCUUGAUUUUGGGAGUUUUUAUGUUUUGUUUCUGUUUGUUUGUUUCUUUUUCACACCCUCCCCAGUUGCCUGAUCAGGACCUCUACAGGAUUGAAAUCCAAGUUUCUGUUCCUGAUUUUUUUAUUGCUGUACUAAAGGAAUCACCCUUGCCUUUGGAUGAUGUACAAGGACCA